CCCAACCCUCUGUGAUAAAAAAACCAGGUGAAUACUUUCUUUUUAUAAUGUGUCCAAGUGAAAGAAUGGAAGGAUGCUACAAAAAAAGCAUGGCAGUUCCAAACUCGGUCAUCAUCAUAAUUAUCUGCUGUGGUAUGGUAACAGGCGCAUUCAACCAAACCCCUACAUUUCGGCUCACAAACAAACAUGAAAGCCACCCCCACCUUAGAGUGAAAAGAACAGAGUCCCCAGUUUCUCUUCCAGUUCAGUGUCCAACAACACAAGUCAAUGCGAGCAGAAUUUGUGAAGGUGUUAAUAGCACUGCCCUGCAAUUGUAUUUGGCAAAUGGACAGGUCCCUUGUAACUUCACUCUGGAGCAUUAUGCCUGUGCAGAGCUCUCAGAAUUCUUUGCAGAGCAACUGGCCCAACUCCUGUUGUGUGAUCUGUCCAGCAACAUGAGCCACUCCAGGGAGAUUUGGAAGCUCCUCUUCACCAAGACCUCGGUUGGCUAUGGAUAUCUCAGUAGCCUCUACUACUACAUGGUCCCCAGCUUGCCUCUGAUAGUCAUGAGUCCAUCUGUGACUCAUGUCCUGGACGUCCUUGGGGAGCUCCAUUUGAACUUGAUCAGUGACCUGCAAUGGAAAGACAUCAGUUUAAUAUCCAUUAUAUUUGGUCAAAGCCUGCGUCCAUUUUUACCUUCAGCCUCUGCAAGCCUUCUGCAGUGUGUCAGCAGCAAGAACCUUACGUGUCAAACUUACCAGCACAUUUUGAGUGAGCUGAGUUAUGGGUUUGAUCAUCUGGGAGAACACCAGGCAGAGAGGGUCCUGAGAUUCUUCAUCAUGCCUUUCCUGUUCAGAAACUCAACAGACUCUGGAUGUAUCUGUAACAACAGCACAGCUUGGCUAAUUGACAACUUUGGUCCAUUCACUGUCCUUAUCCAACUCAAAAGUCUAUUUGAUCUCAAUACGCACUUUGAUCCACUGGCAGUGUUGGAUCUUCUCAGUCCUAAGCAGAAAGCUGAAUUAAUGGUUCUGCCCCUCCCUCAUCCCCAAGGGAAAGGUGAAGUUGUCACCAGAGUGUUGGAUCACCUUCUGAAGUCACCAGUAGAGAGGAAUCUUCCAGAAGUUCUAAAUCAGACCAUCUUGCUGGCAAAACAGAAUGAAGCACCUUGUGAGUUUUUUCAAGCAAUGCUGGAUGGAUCUCUUACUUUAGCACCAGGAACUCAGGAAUCCAUCAUCAGAGGAGCUAUGGAACAACUGCUUCUCCUCAGUCCAAAUGAUUGCCUAGUGUCUAAGUGUCUUAGAACACCAAUCAAUGAGAGCCAAAUAUGUGAUGGAGUAAACAGCACUGCCCUGCAGUCAAAUCUGGUGGCUGGACUGGGCCUCUGCAACAUCAAUCUGGAGCAUUAUGCCUGUGCACAACUUACAGGAUUCACCGAAAUACACCUGGCCCAGCUCCUGGUGUGCGAACUGUCCAGCAACAUCACUUACUCCAGGGAGACCUGGAAGUUGCUCCUCACCAAGACCAUUGCCAUUCUGGAUGGAGCUCUCAUCCUCUUCUCCAACAUAGUCUCCAGCUCGUCUCUGACAGUCAUGGGUUCAUCUGUAACUCAUGUCCUGGAUGUGCUUGGGGAGCUCCGUUUGGACUCGAUCAGUGACCUACAGUGGAAAGACAUCAGUUUCAUCUCCUUACUGUUUGGUGAAAGCCUGCGUCCAUUUUUACCCUCAGCCUCUGCAGGCCUUCUACUGUGUGUCAGCAGCAAGAACCUCUCGUGUGAAACUUACCAGCACAUUUUGGGUGAGCUGAGUCAUCCGUCUGAUUACACGAGAGAAAACCACUCAGAGAAUGUACUGAAAUUCUUCAUCCAGCCUUUCCUGUCCAGAAACCCAUCAUGUCCUACAGAAGUGUACACAUAUGAGAUUGAUCUUGUGAUGAGAACAGUAGAUGCUGACCAACUAAAGAUGGAGUUGUCUGAACUUGACCUUCCUCUCCCGCUCGCAACAACUGAACAAAUUGAUAUCACUAACAUCAAUGUCACAACAGUGUGUUACUCAAACACGAGUGGAUAUCGGUGUGUCUGUGAGGAGCAGUAUGCCUGGCCCCAUGACAGCUGUAUCACUUAUGGAGCCUGUGAUGAGUUCAGCGAAGGCACCUGUGGAUGUCUUAAUGGUUUACCGACAAAUGGGCCGUUCUGCCAGAGAGAUGUAAACGAAUGCGACUUUGAUCCAUGUGGUCUGAACUCCACCUGUGCCAACACCAUUGGCAGCUACAACUGUUCUUGCUGGAGAGGAUACACUCCAAGAAACACAUCUUUGCCCAUUGACACCAGCAAUCCAUGCAUAGAUAUAAAUGAAUGUGACUUUGAUCAGUGUGGUCCAAACUCCAACUGCUCCAACAUCAUUGGCAGCUACAACUGCUCUUGCUGGGUAGGAUACACUCCAACAAGCUCAUCUCUGCCUAUUAGCGGCAGCAACCAAUGCAUAGGUCCUACAGAAGUGUACACAUUUGAGUUUGAUAUUGUGAUGAGAACAGUAGAUGCUGACCAACUAAAGAUGGAGUUGUCUGAACUUGACCUUCCUCUCCCACUCGCAACAACUGAACAAAUUGAUAUCGCUAACAUCAAUGUCACAACAGUGUGUUACUCAAACACAAGUGGAUAUCGGUGUGUCUGUGAGGAGCAGUACACCUGGCCCCAUGACAGCUGUAUCACUUAUGGAGCCUGUGAUGAGUUCAGCGAAGGCACCUGUGGAUGUCUUAAUGGUUUACCGACAAAUGGACCGUUCUGCCAGAGAGAUGUAAACGAAUGCGACUUUGAUCCAUGUGGUCUGAACUCCACCUGUGCCAACACCAUUGGCAGCUACAACUGUUCUUGCUGGAGAGGAUACACUCCAAGAAACACAUCUUUGCCCAUUGACACCAACAAUCCAUGCAUAGAUGUAAACGAAUGCGACUUUGAUCCAUGUGGUCUGAACUCCACCUGUGCCAACACCAUUGGCAGCUACAACUGUUCUUGCUGGAGAGGAUACACUCCAAGAAACACAUCUUUGCCCAUUGACACCAACAAUCCAUGCAUAGAUAUAAAUGAAUGUGACUUUGAUCAGUGUGGUCCAAACUCCAACUGCUCCAACAUCAUUGGCAGCUACAACUGCUCUUGCUGGAGAGAAUACACUCCAACAAGCUCAUCUCUGCCUAUUAGCGUCAGCAACCCAUGCAUAGGUUCAACAACCACCCGUUCACCAUUGUCAAAAAUGACUCCUGGCACCAACAACAUUGUCACAACAACAAUGGCACCAUCAACACUGUCAACACCAUCAAAACCAAAAUCAACACUGCCAACGCAGGAGUCAACACUACAUACACCACCACCACCACCACCACCACCACCACCACAAUCAACAGAACAAGCACCGCCACCAGGAACUUUUUCUACCAUCAAUUUGUCUUUGACAAUUCAGAGUAACUAUGAUUUCCGCUUCAAUGACCCAACAAGUCAGAUAUACAACAGAUAUAAAACAGAUAUUGAAAAUGCAGUAGAAGACAAUUCUGAUAAAUUACCAGGUUACAAGGUCAACUCAGCUAAUGUCAGAGGUUUUAGAUCAGGUAGCAUUAUUGCAGAUUUUUCUCUUCAGUUAUCGAAUCCAAGAAUCAUUUUUGUGGAUGCAAGCAUUGGCAUCAUAAAUAACCUAAAAGCAAAAAAUUAUAAAUUUCCUGACAACCCCUUUGCUCAAAGUGAAAGACGAAAUUUGAGUGGUAGCACAGGCUCUCUUUUUCCUGGGGAGCAAAUGGUGCUUAACUGCAAUGGAACAAUAACUGAAUGGAGAUUCAAUGGGCAGACACUUUCUGGUGCUUCUGGUGAAAUAUUCAGUAUAACAAAUGUUAAUCCAGCUGAUAAUGGACGCUAUGAGUGUGUAUCAACAAAAAACUCAGUGCCAUUUAUACGGUGGGAAACCAUUGAUCGCAUAAAACCAUUUCCAAUCAUUCAGACAAGUCAGGACAAAGGUUUUCAGUGUGAGGUGGGGCAAAAAGUGACCUUACAGUGUUGUUCAAGCCCAGACUAUGGGGUUGAGAUGGUGAAAGUGGAUGAUGUCGACAGCUAUCUCCAAGACCAAGCAUCAGUGGAGGAUUGCACAUAUUCCUACAUUAUACAGAACUGCGGUGGCAAUUCAGGAAAUGUUGUAUUCAACUGCAAAUUAAAAAAUGCAAAUUUGCAGAGCUUUGAUUACAGUUCAAGACGUAUAACCAUAACUUUUGAAAACAAAGAGUUUGAUUGUUCCAAUGAGAGCUUUGGGGCUGGAAAUGUUAGCCAGGUGGCUGAAGGGAACUGUAAAGACGAUGAAGUUGGUAGUAUCACAGCAGAAUGUCAAGGAACUGAUUGGAAGAUAAUAGAAGACAAUUGUGUUUUGUUUGUGAUCAAAGAACUGGAAGAGGAAUCAGAGUUUUUGACAGCAGAAACCCUACUAGAGUUUGUGGACAGAUUAAGUCGCGUUACAGCAGAAAAUGAAGAACGGAUAACCAACUCAACAGCAAAUAUUGAAAGCAUCGUAAAUACCCUGAGUAAUGUUGGAAACGUUUCACGGGCCUUAACAAUCAGUGGGGAAAUUAUACAGGAUUUCCUCAACACCUCAUCUGUCAUUGUGUCCAAUUCUACCAUCAAUGCCUGGAGUCGUAUAAAUAACGGCAAUGCAACAAGGAAUGUCAGUGCAUCUUUUUUGGGUUCUGUUGAAGAUAUAUCAGGAUCCCUGGAAGGGGACACGUCUUUCGAAACAGGAACAGAGAUUAUCCAGCUACGCCAAACUCUUGUCAACAGCUCAUUCAGUGGGACACUAGGAGCAGAUUCAUCUGCUGCAAUCUUCAUCCCUGAGGAGGGGAACUUUACAAUUACAACCAUCACAUUCUCUACCCUAAAUAAUGUCCUACCAGCCAGGAAUAGUAGUGACAAUGAUAGCAGUUUAUCCAACUUCAUCAAUGGAGCUGUUGUUCUAGUGCAAGUGAAUGACACAAUCAACAACAUCUCGCUAAGCUUUGACCUUAUUAAUGAAGCACUAGGAGAUCCUCAGUGUGUCUUUUGGAACUUUGAGCUUUUUGAUGGAUUUGGUGGAUGGGAUUCAUUUGGAUGUGAGCUCAUAUCGUUCGAGAAUAACACCGUCACUUGUGAAUGCAAUCACACAACUUCCUUCUCAAUUCUAAUGUCACCAUCCAUUCCCCCUGGCAUAAGAUUGUUGCUGGAUUUCAUCACAUACAUUGGUGUGGGUAUAUCCCUUGCCAGCUUGAUCAUAUGUCUGAUCAUUGAAGGAGUCGUAUGGAAGAGCAUGACCAGAAAUGACACGUCUUACAUGCGGCAUGUCUGUGUGGUGAAUGUUGCUGUGUCACUUCUGAUAGCUGAUAUCUGGUUUAUUAUAGGGGCAGCUAUCGCAGACUCUGAAUCAACAGCUGUUGGACCAUGUACAGCAGCAACCUUUUUCAUCCAUUUCUUUUACUUAGCGUUGUUCUUCUGGAUGUUGGUGUCUGCUCUGCUACUUUUUUAUCGCACUGUCAUGGUUCUCUCACAGAUGAAGAGGUCAACAAUGCUGGCAAUUGCAUUCAGCCUUGGCUAUGGUGCCCCCCUCAUAAUCGCCGUGGUAACUGUUGCUGCAACUGCCGGAGGUGGAGGUUACAUCCGAGAGAACCAAAUCUGCUGGCUCAACUGGAAUGAGACUAAAGCCCUUCUGGCUUUUGUGAUUCCAGCAUUGACCAUUGUGGCCAUAAACCUUCUAGUGAUGAUUGUUGUUCUCUACAAAAUGUUGAUAAGGGGUGUUGGAAACACAAAACAGAUUGAUGAAAAAAAUGCCCUAGAGGUCAUUGCAAGAUGUGUCAUCAUCUUAACCCCCCUCUUUGGACUUACCUGGGGAUUUGGCAUAGGCCUCAUGAUUGCACCUGAAGCAGUAGGACUGCAUGUUGUUUUUGCAGUUUUGAAUUCUUUACAGGGUUUUUUUAUUUUGGUGUUUGGAACUCUGUUGGAUGGCAAGAUCAAGUCCGCUUUAGUAGAAAUACAACUCUCUACCUCAGGUGGUACAAGGAGCACAAAUGUUGGGACAUCCUCAUCAAAUGCACUUGAUUUCUUUAGAAGGAUUAAAAGGAGAAAUGUGUACAAUGUCUCGGGGGCUCCUGUAUCUUCAGGUUCUGCUACUUUAAGCCAUACUUAGUGUGACUGAUUACACUCUGUACACUUUAUAUUUAGCAAUAUUUAGAGUUAGCAAUUCAUUAAUAUUAUUCAAACUAUGUGUAAUACUCUAAUUACAAAUAAAACUGAUGGCACAUUUUAUACUACUGAGAAUAAAUAAUGUCAGUGCUUA